AAAUGCUUAGGUACGUCGUUGCUGAUAACGAAAAAUUAGUCGGUUUUAGUUACUGGCGACGAUAUAAGGGUGCGCUUUAGUUGCUGGCUAAGCGCCGCAGAUUUCGCGCGGGGCGGGUGUUGUCAUUGUAUUUUCACGUGACGAAAGUGAGUUUCCGUGGAAUAUUCGACAACGAAUCGCGCGAAAAUGCCGCCGAAAAAGCGGGAGAAAGAACUAGACGGGCAAAAGGGUCCGCGAAUGGAUCAAAUACAAGCAGAUCAUGAGCUAUUCCUACAGGCCUUCGAAAAACCAACUCAAAUAUAUCGAUUUCUACGCACAAGAAACCAAAUUUCACCGAUAUUUCUAUAUAGAAAUUUAACUUAUAUGAAGCAACGUAUGUCUAGAAGCCAUAAAUCUCGACGAGGGUUUAAAAUUGACAUGAUAUUGGAAAAAUUAAUGUCGAAAAACAAUCAAGAGGAAAAUCCUGGUGUUCGUGGAUACAUGACUCUUACUUUUUUAGGUUUUUACGAUAAAAAAGCUGAAGCACCUCAAGAUCCAGUCAAAGUAGAAACGUUAUUAUUGAAAAUUUGUCAUAAGAAACGAAAGGAUGUGAGUUCACCGAUCAUGCAGGUUUCUGUUGGUACAAGUGAAGUGCCAAUUAAUCCUUGCGAAAAUCAACCUCCGCCAAAAGCACCUACUAUAUCUAUACCCAACGAAUCGUUCAGCUUAAACAAUGGUCACGUAGCAAAGACUUAUAUGCUUUUACUUAGAGUUUAUUGUACGUCCAAUUCUGGCUGCCUUAUACACAACUGUGAUUUAGAUGAACCAGCUCAAAAGCGUCGUAAAUCCUCCACUGGUUCGCUUAAAACUGGAGAAGAAAUAAAAUUGUACGGUUCCGAACUCAUAGUGUACGAUAAACAUAAUCGAUGUUUGUUGACGGAUGGCGAUUAUGAAUUAGGUUUACAGGAAGUACAAACCAAUGUUCGAUCUAGCCCAAAGAAACACAGCUCUUGGGAGUCUGUACCUGAAAUUAAAGAAUGCGGCCCUUUCGAAGUGUUCAGUAAAGGUCCGACAUUAAAAUUUAGACUUAAUUGGACAACCGAACCGAGUAACGGUUUGGUGGAUAGACCAACUCCGAUACAUCCAGUACCGAAUGGAGAUAACAAAGAAAAUCGAUCUGGAAACACUGGUCUAGAACGUUCUUCCACAAAUAACAAUAAUAGUAGUACCAAUAAUAGUAAUCAUCAUAAUCAUCAUAAUAAUAAUAGUACACUGCCAACACCUAGUCCUCUUAAUUCUUCGAGAAUGAUAACGCCCAAUGAAAAGACAACGGAAAUCUCGAUGGGUACACAGCAAAUAGUUUAUCAAUUUCUGUAUAAUAAUAAUAGUCGUCAACAAACGGAAGCCUGCGAGGAUCUACAUUGUCCAUGGUGCUCUUUAGACUGUGGAAAACUUUAUUCACUUUUAAAACAUCUAAAAUUAUGUCAUUCGCGAUUCACGUUCACGUACGUGCCGAUUCCACAAGGUGCUCGUAUAGAUGUAGCAAUAAACGAAUGCUAUGAUGGUUCGUACGCAGGUAGUCCUCACGAGCUGAUUUCGCAACCUUCUAGCGCAGCUUUCUCAAGGACAGGUCCAACGAGACGCACAAGUGUGACAAAUAUCUUAGUGUGUCGUCCAAAAAGGACCAAACCAAGUCUCUCCGAGUUUCUCGAACUCGACGAGAAUGAAUUCGAAAGCCAAAGACCUUAUAUUACAGGACACAAUAGAUUGUAUCAUCACACCGUUACCUGUUUGCCUAUAUAUCCGAAAGAAAUGGAUAUCGAUUCCGAAGGCGAGAACGAUCCAAGGUGGUUGCAAACAAAAACGAUGAUGAUGAUCGACGAUUUCACGGACGUGAACGAAGGAGAAAAAGAACUAAUGAAAAUGUGGAAUCUACAUGUCAUGAAACAUGGCUACGUAGGAGACUGUCAAAUACCAUUGGCCUGCCACAUGUUUCUAGAGACUAAAGGAAAGGAAUUGCUCAUGAAAAAUUUAUACCGUAAUUUCGUUUUACAUAUGUGCAGUCUGUUCGAUUUCGGUCUGAUCAGUCCUGUAAUCUUGUAUCAAACGAUUCAAAAGUUACAAGAGAUCAUGAAAGAGGGAGGCGAGAAUAGCGAUAUCCGAAAAGUUUUACAAAAGUCUCACGAAGCUCAAGUCGAGAAAUGGAUCAGUUCGGGUUGUCAUGCAUCGGCAGACACUAAUAAAAUGAGUAGUACAUGUACUAAAGUAAAUUUUAAUAGCGAUGGAACAAGUUCCAACGCGAGACGAAAGACUUCUUUGCCGCUUGGCUCGCCGAAUUCGCAGAACGUAAAAACCACGGUGUCAAUCCAUAAUAAUGUUAGUAAACAUGCUAGUAUGAUAACAACAUCGUCAAACAAGACUGUAAAUCAUAACGCGAUUCAAAAUUCUAUUAACAAAAAUUCUGGGACGUUUACAUCUAUGCAAAGCAGUACGAAUAAAACUGUUUCCACGGUUUGCGUAACGAAUACAAUUAAUAGUAAAACUUCUACGAUGGUUUCGAUAUCUAACGGUGUGUCUAAUCAAAAUGAAACAGGACAGAAACAAAUGAACGAUUUACCUACGCGGCGUAAAAGUACAAAUUCGAUAGGUCAAAUUUCCGAAAAUACGACGCCUUUACGGCGGAAAUCUAUGGCCAGUGAGAGUGCAAGUAACGAAUAUCAUAGAAGAAAAUUGGUUUUGGAUUCAAUACCAAAUGGUGGUAACGCACACUAAAACUUACUCCAAAAUAAAAAAGAGAGAAACGUUAUUAGUAACCGUUGUACAUGUGUUACUAUGCCGAUUGUACGUUUUUGUACAGUAUUUGUUGCAAAGAAUAUAAUUACAAUUAGAAGGAUUGAUAUUACAGCUAAUACUUUAUAAUCAUUGCUCUAGACACUAAAUCAAUUUUCUAUGAAUUCGAAGGUUUAACGUGAAAAUGAAAUAAAAAACAGAUUUUUUCAGAUAAACGCAGUUCGAGUAACUGCCAAUUUUAAACAAUAUUUAAAACAAGAAAAGACAAAAAUCGUAUAACGAAAUGAAUUCGUGUCGAUUACAUUCAACUGAAAAUCUUAUUUCGUAAAAGUAUAACACGCUCGUUCUUUUUUUUUUUUUGUCUAGUCAAUAACACUUUGUUUUCAAUUUUCUGAAGCUUUUAUUUGCUUAGUAAUGUACACAAAUCUUAUUGCCUCGUAUACUUAUAAUUUUCAUUAUUUGUAAGAUAUAAUAUUUUAAUAACAAAACUGAAACGAAACAAGAAACAUUAAAAUAAUGAAAAAUAAUAUAUUAAAUUUAUAUGUAAUUACUGUUCGCGGAGUGAUUCGAGAGCACCGGAAUGAAUUUAGUAUGCUCGUAGUUAAGGAUGGUAGACUUUACCUUCUACGUAAUGUUAAUUUAAAUUAUCGAUUAGAUGAAUUAGACGAAUUUAUUGAUAUCUGAGGUUGAUACAAAAAAUUAAAAUACUAUCAUUCAAUCUCUCGACACAUGGGACCUUGGUACGAUUACUUCGAAUACUUCUUGUAAAUUCAAUUUAAUAAACUGAGGCUGUAAAUUAUAAGUUUUACUCCAAAGUAAGAUCUAAGUAGAAAGAAGUGCCUUUUACAAGCCAGGGAAUCUGAACAUGAGAGUGACUAUCGUUCAUUUGUAAUCUUCAAGUUGAAUAGACAUUCAUUUGUACGCGUUAGAUGUCUAUAUGGUUUUUUAUUUAGAAAAAGGGUUUCACAGCUGAUUGUCGUUCUCGCAGAUUAACUUGGGGGAUAUGAAAUUUAGCGUAUCAAAAUGAACUUAUUCUGUGUGUGUAAUAUACACGAUUUUACUGCCGAUGGUCGUUCGAAGAAACUAUUACAUUCCUGUGACGCCUUCUUUUUAUAGUUCCGAUUAGGUAGAAUUAUUUAAUUUCGUUUAAGCCCUUGGUACUCGUUUAUGAGGAAUCAUUGUUCUCUUCGAACGACUUUUAUUACUGUCCAUUAAUAUUAUUACGUAUGCUAGGUUGUAAAUAAAACAAACAAAAAAAAUACAAUAAACAGAUGGACACGAUAAA